UAGACGAGUAGGACACGGAGCAGCAACAGCAACAGCAACAGCAUGCCUCCUUUCGACAAGAUCCAACAUCCCAAACCUUUCAAACAGCGGAAAAGCUUCGCCGUCAGAAAACAAGAAGUUGCUGGGAUUCGCACUAAAUUCCCGACCAAAAUCCCGGUCAUAAUUGAAAGGUAUCAGCGAGAGAAAUAUCUUCCGACUUUAGACAAGACCAAGUUUCUGGUUCCCCAGGAGCUCACAAUGACUCAGUUUAUCACGAUUUUGAGAAACCGCAUGACUCUGAUGCCAAGCCAAGCGUUCUAUCUGCUUCUGCACAGCAAAGGCAUUGCUAGCAUGUCCUUAACCAUGGCCCAAGUCUACAAAGAGUACAGGGACGAGGAUGGCUUUCUGUACAUGACCUACGCUUCCCAAGAAAUGUUUGGACAUAACCCAAGUGUUGCUGGUCGAACCGGAGACGCCUCCGGUAUCAAGGCUUCGUUAUAAUUGGCCUCUGGAGAGGAUUUUUUUUUUUUUUUUUUUUUUUUUUUAAAGUUAACCAUCAGCUGGAUCUAUGUAUUGUCUGUCUACACUGUUGUCGUUUUAAUAAUGUAAAUGUGGCUAAUAAAUGAAUUGUUUUCUAAAAAAUAA